AUGGAGCAGCAGCAACCAACAGAUGAAAACAUCAGUAGCAGCAGCAACAGAAAUGGCUUCUCUUUAGAUGCAGCUCUCAACAUCAUGCUCAAAGAAGCCUGCAGCAAAGGUUCAAACUUUGUCUUCUCCCCUUUCUCAUUCCACUCCAUGCUCUGCCUAAUCGCUGCCGGGGCAAAAGGGUCUGUACUGGAGCAGUUGCUCCAGGUUCUGGGAUACAGAAGCUUGGAAGAAGUCAGUUCUUCUAUGGCAUCUAGGACACUGCUGCCAAUGUUAUCGACAGUGAACAACGAGAGAGACGAUGUCAUCCCGAGUGGCCCGAUCAUCUCGUUCGUUAACAGUGCUUGGGUGGAUCGGAGGUUCAAGCUCAAGCCUUCAUUUGAAGAACUUGCCAAGCAAGUUUACCGUGCCACUGUCAAACAAGUGGACUUUGUCUGCAAGGCAAGAGAAGUAGAAGAUGAGAUCAAUUUGUGGGUAGCGAAGGAGACGAAAGGGCUCAUCAGAAGCCUACUACCACAAGGAAGCCUUGAAGAUGAUACCGCACUAGUGCUUGCAAACGCCCUCUACUUCAAAGGCCAAUGGGACAGGAAAUUCGACCCAGCAAGAACACAAGUCAGGAGCUUUCACCUCCUCAACUCUCCAGAAACCGUGGCAGUUCCUUUCAUGACCACCAAACCAAACCAAAAGCAUCUUUACAAAUCGUUCGACGGCUACAAGGUCCUCAAAAUCCCCUACCAGAAUCCUGAACCUGAAAACGAAGAUAACAGUAUGCAGUUCUCAAUGCAUUUCUUCCUCCCAGACGAACCAGACAGCUUGCCAACCCUCGUACAGAAAAUCAGAACCAACCCUGGGAUGUUGAACAACUACUCCGAUCAGCUGAAGCUGGAAAAUUUGCCUCAGCUUUGGAUCCCUAGGUUCAAGUUUUCGUUCGAGGUGGAAGCUAAGGAGGCCCUGGAGGAACUGGGGAUGGGUUUCAAAGCAGGGGAGCUAACAGAGAUGGUGGAUUGUGGAGCAGCAGGGGAUAAGCUAUCACUGUCGAAGAUGUUUCACAAGGCAUUUGUCGAAGUGAAUGAGGAAGGGACAGAGGCUGCAGCAAGCACUGCGCCGAGAUUUAUAAGGAAGUGCGGGAGGAGGAACCCUCCUAGCUUUGUGGCAGACCAUGCUUUCAUGUUCACUAUCGUGGAGGAAAAGUCAGGGAUUGUGCUGUUCCUUGGAGCUGUGAUUAACCCUCUCACGGUGUCUGCUGAAGGAUAG